AUGGAAAAUCCUUACCACACAUUACUGCAGAAUGUAACACAACAUUUUGUUGAAUUUCCCCAAGGUAGUCCCGAAGCCAUAGACAAUUGUCAUCACGCCUCUACCUUAAUCAGAAUCCACAAUGAAAAAUUGGUGGCCAAUGGAGAUGUAAGCUUUCCGUUGACUUCAGAAAUUUGGUUAAAGUAUUUUCCAUCCACAAACGGGUUCACAUUAAAAACGGAGGCCUUUGAUAAACUCAGUGAUUCCCAAGAAGCCAAUACCACCAAUGAUCUAAUAGAUGUAUCCAAGUCUUGGACAUUCCCUCUUGCCAAAUUGAAUAUAAAACAAGAGAGGUGCCAUUUAUAUUUGCAAAGGUCAACGAUAAUUAAAUUGUUGAUUCAACAGGUAUUGUGUGAUAGUUCCUACGGUCACCUGAGGAAAAGUGACAAACGUUAUGUCCAUGUGAAACCAUUACAAGAAUAUGGUUUGAAAGCCGAAGAUCUUUCGUAUUAUCGUACAAAGCUUAUGUAUGAUACCUUACGAAAAUUGCUGGCCUAUUCAAAAUGGAAUAUUGUGGAUAAAGAAGAGCAAGAGGAGGAGAAAUCUAUUAUAAAUGUGAAUAUUUUAAGUGUUGCCUCAAAAGUACCCUCCGAUAAAGUGGAAGGCAAUUCUACAGUUAAAAUUAAAUGUGGUUUAGUUACUGAUCCCUCUACCAAGGGGAAAAUUUGUCAAUUACCCACCCAGGAAUAUAUAAGUUUGCGUUCCAACGACAUGUGUUUAAUGGCCCUGCAUAAAUAUGGUGUUCGUGUGAAGCAAGAUGCCCGAUUUUGUGCUCUCAUGGAACGUCUUGGCUGUGCUGCUGUCACCGUGGAUUUACUUGAAGUUAAACAUACAAGUCCCGUACAGAUAAUACGCAAUGGUCAGGGCAGUACAAAGGGUGCUUCAUUUAUCCUCUAUAAUUCGGCACGACUUGAAUCAUUGCUACGGACAUUUGACGAGCGAAUUGAGAAGAGAUCUUAUGAACCAAUACCGGACAUAUGUGAUAUCGAUUGGAAUUUAAUUAAUGAAGAGGAAGAAUGGCAAUUGGUAUUUGCAUACUUAGCUGGAUUUCCCGAUCUAAUUGAUCGUUGUCUGGAACAAUUGGAACGUGGCAUUUGUGCAACACAUUUAAUUAUCCGAUUUCUAAAUGGUUUAGUAGCCAUAUUUAGUGUUUACUAUAGAAGGAUACGUAUUUUAACUGAAAAACGUGAUCAAUUAAUGCCUUAUGUAUAUGCUCGUAUAUAUCUAAUACGGGCUGUAAGAGAAAUACUUUAUAAAACACUGGCGCUAUUGGAUAUACAACCGGUCGAAUUUAUGUAA